AUGACCUUCGUUGUUGCUUACUUUCCUUUUUGUUGUUGCCCCCAUUUCUGCAAUGAAAAGACGUUUCCCAUACCAAAUUCUGCAUUUCUAUCGUUUUGCAAGCUGUGCGUGUUCCUUUCCUCUGUCCAUUCCCGCCUUCGGUCGUCCCUUUCAAAUCUCGCUUUGUGUCUGUUUCAGCUCUUUGUUUCCUCACUCAACACCGUAUCAGUGUGGCUGACAAGUGUUGCACUGCUCAGAUUCCUUUUGUUUAAAACCUCUCAGGAAGCGAUGAUUGUCGUCCUGCGCUCUAGCAACUAUAAAGAUCACAGCUUUAGAGAUUUAAUGAAAGACAUUGAGAUGACUCCCAUCCUUGAGUUACGGCCGUAUAUAAAGGCUGAGAAAAUCAAAGCUCGCGUUUGUAGAAUAUGGCAAUCAACAAUUCUCGGAACUACUAAAAAAUACACAUCUCUACACUGCAUUUUGCUUGAUGGGACGGUGAACUUCACACUUUGUGAUGAACAAUACUGGUUGCUCACUUUUCCUUUUUGAUUCGGACAUCCCAGAAGUUAAUGCAUACAAGUCGGUGUAAGUAUUUCUAUAGCUGUUAACACAAUUAAACUCUUUUCACUGUUGUAAAAGCUAAAGAAAUAUUAGUUUCAUAAAAUUAUUCAAACAGUUUCACAUUUUCAAUCAUAUAGGUUUGCAAAUUGUAAUGAGCCUAUGAAAAUAUUGGCCCCUCCUCCAGACAAGUAAAUGAGCCUGAAAUUUUACACACAGCCAAGAUGUUCACAAUUGAUGAAGUCGCUUUUCUAGAUCCUGAUUUACACAAGGUAUAAAAUCUAAUUACAUGUUUUUAACUCAUCUUAAAAACAUAUGAUUGCAUUUUUACAUUUUUAAUAAACAUUGUAUACAUAAUUAGUAUUCCUUGUACAAAACUAUUACAAGCUGUUUUGCAAAAUGAUACGUUUUUUUUGUAAAGCGUGUGUCAAGUGUUUGGACACGUUAUCAAUGGUGGUAUAGUGUGUAUGCCAACUGUGUAAAACAAAUGCAUAAAGACUUUGACAACUGAACAGCUGAUCUGCCAAAACAUCCAAACCAAAUUCCAACUCCUUGGUAAUGUUUAACAUGCAUUCCUCAAACUUUGUCAUAAAUUGCUUUAAAUAUUUGUUAUCCUUAUCUUUUAUUCAUUCUUUAUAUAAUCUAACAUUUACCAAAUCUUUUUUUUCACAUUUUUGACAUUUUUUCUCAUAUUUGUAUGCACAUGGUUUGAAUACAUUUAUGAAGAAUGAAAUCAGGUCAGAUAUCCUCACCCUCAUUGAUUAUUUUUCUCGCUGUUUUUCUGCAGCUGUUAUCCAAAACUUUGUUAGAUUGAUACUUAGCUUAAAUUUUGUGAUGUUAAACAAAAAAUUCUUACCUUUCCUGCUUUCACGUUAUUUAAAUAACUUUCAAAUACUAUGUGUUCAACAAUUAAAUCCUUGUUCAAAACAUACUUACUGCAGCACAGAUUUACCCUUUUUGUACAAAAUUGGUAUAGCUUAUGCACUUUUGAUCAUGUUAUCUUCAUUACUUAGUGACUACAAUCUGCUUCUUUUCGUUUACACUUGGUCAAAUUGUUCCAGUAUUGGUUAUGGUCUUCACAUAUACUCUGCUUUUCUCACACGUUAAUAUGGCUAUCAUAAAUCCAAACUAUUAAUAAACUUAAUAACCAAGAAUUUUGUUGUAGAUUUAAGUUAAAAAACAAACACUGAUCUUUCUGGCUUUAUCAAUGCUUUCUUCUGUUUUAUUUUUAUUUGUAUAAGUUGAAUUCAAGAUUAUUUUCCCUCAAGCAGUUUCCUUUUUUUUAAUCUAGGUAUAAAGUCAAUUUGGUUCUUGAGUAUCACACCAUUGAAAUCAAUGCUCUCAUAAUUGGAAAAUCUGGUGAAAAGCUUUUUGGUGUGCCAUGUAAAGACUUAGUACUGAAUCAAAGAUUAGUUUUACCAACAACAGUUACCAAACGAGUUAUUUAAAUAUAGUUUGUUUUCUUUUCUGCAACUAGGUUGUUUUGACAGUGUAGAACCAAAACUUCAUCUGGUGCCCUAAAAAAUAUACAGUAUGGUUCAUCAGCAUAUGUAAAGAACUCUUCCGGAUGUUUUAUGGCAUGCAAAUAACUUUUUUUACUCAAAACUUAUCAAUAUUUUUGCAUGUUCAUACACCAGCACUUCUUAAUAUUUUGUUUAUCAUUUCUGGUUCUGGUUAAAAACAACUACAACUACCAGACUGUUAGAUGAAUGUAAUAUUUUUUGCAUGUACAUAGACCAGCAUUUUGUAAUUUUUUGUAUCCAAGUGCUGGUUUCAGUAGAAUGAUAGCUAUAACUACUAAACUAUGACAAAUGGAUGUAAUAUUUACCAAUGAAGUUGUCCAUAUUUAACUGUUUAUCUCUAUAGUGUUUCUAAUAUUUUUGUUAUCAAUGGUAUUAAUAUUUUGUUA